UUCUCACCCUCCCAGAAAACCAAGGAGUCCCCCCCACACACACACUGUGACCCAUAGAUCCCUCGCCUUCCCAAAGAACCCAGGAAUCCAGUCUCACCACCAUCACCACUCUAGCCACUGGGUACCACUGCCCUCCCUUGAUAACAUAGGUGUACUGACCACACACCCCCAGAUGUUCUGAAUCCACACACACUAACCACUAGGCCCCCUGGCCUCUGGAGAACCCCAGUGUCCUGUCCCUGCUGUUCCCAGGCCCGGUUCUCUGGCCCGCCCCGGGUGUGCGUGAACUGCGCUGGGAUCACCAUGGACCAGUUCAUGCUCAAGCAGACGGAGGAAGCGUUCGACGAGGUGAUCCGUGUCAACCUCAAGGGAACCUUCCUGGUCACCCAGGCUGUGGCACGGGGGCUGGUGGACAGCGGAGCUCCUGGGGGCUCCAUCGUCAACAUCGGCAGCGUAGUGGGCAAGGUGAGAGCUGCGAGCUUCCUGGGGCAGUGCCCUGCGGGAGGGGAGAGAGUGGAGGCUGUGAGCUUCCCCGGAGCAGUGCCCUGAGGGAGGGGAGAGAGU